AGCUAAUCUUUUCUUAGUUGAAACAUGUCGAGAAGUGGUACAUUAUGGGUAAUUCUUUUCUUGGGUAUUUGCAUGGGCAUGGUUACUGCCACUGCAAGGGAACCUAAAAGUGAGAACGUGGAGUUAUUUGGUCGAAGAUGGCCGCCUAUUCCUUGGUGGAGACUAGCAUGGUGGGUACACUACCCAAACUACCCGCCAUUGCCUCCGCCUCCGCCCUCGGUUGCUAAUGUGAUUCCGCCACCGGUGGAUGCGGCUCCUCCUCCGCCGCCGCACCCUGCUCGUCCGCCACCUUCUCUGCCCCUUAUUACUAAUGCAGUUCCGCCACCAUCUCCACCACCGCACAUGGCUCCACCUUCCCCUCCGCCACCACACGCGGCUACAUCACUACCUCCGCAACCAAGUCCUUCUCUUCCUCCAAUUGACAAUGUGGCUCCUAUUCUGCCACCACCACCUCCAGCAUUUCAGUCACCGAUGGUUAAUAAACCUCCUUACACUCGGGGUGAUGAACCAAGUGGUUGUUCGAUGGUUUUGAUAAACGUGGAUGGGUGUGUAUCAGAUUUGAUCACUUCCUUUUUCAAGGAUCAAGUUUCAUUAUCCGUUGAUUGUUGCAGAGUCAUUUCAAGAAUUUCAGAUGAUUGCUUUGACGCAGGGUUCACACACUUCAGGGUGCCCGUUUUCCUAACAAAAGUGAGGGACUAUUGCAGUCACCACCCGACAUCACUUCCACCUCCGCCCUCAGUUGAUGAUAACGCUGUCCCGCCGUCACCUCCACCACAACACGCGGCUCCACAUCUGCCACCGCAUGUGACUCCAUCACUACCUCCACAACCGCCUCCGUCUCCGCCCCCAGUUGAUAAUGUGGCUCCUAUACUACCACCAUCUCCUCUAGUGUUUCACUCACCGGUGGUUAAUCCACCUACACCGCCACCUCCUCCACCUUCGCCAUUGCACACGGCUGCACCACCACUGAUGCCACCGCAUGCGGCUCCAUCACUACCACCUCAACCGCCUCCAUCUCCGCCACCAGUUCGUGAUAACAUGGCUCCUACAGUGCCACCACCACCUUCAUCGACUCCUCGGGGUGAUGAAACAAGCGAUUGCUCGACGGUUCUGAUCAAUGUGGAUGGGUGUGUAUCAGAUUUGAUCACUUCCUUCUUCAAGAAUCAAGUUUCGUUAUCCGCAGAUUGUUGCAGAGUUGUUUCAAGAAUUUCAGAUGAUUGCUUUGAGAGAGCGUUCACGCACUUUAGGGUACCAGUUUUCCAAACAAAAGUGAGGGACUAUUGCAGCCACCAUGGCUGAAGCAUAAGCAAAUCUUAACAAUACAUUUUUCAUGAAAGCCUUUGUUUCCUAGGCGAGUCCAUGCAGAGUCAUAUUCCUAAUAGAAAAGAAAAAACGGAUAAUUAAU